AUGGAUUAUUUCACUGAUCGUUCAUAUCGUAUUAAUCAAAUUCGUAAAAUUAUUGAUAAUUUUGUAUCAAAAGAACAUAAUCAAUAUAAUAGAUGUUGUGAUCUAUUAGAAAAAUAUUCUCAUGAUGAAGAUGUUGAAUCAUUAUUAAGACUUUAUUCACUUGAAACACCAUUUUAUCAUGCAUUAAUUAAUAAUGUAGAACCAUUAAAAUGA